CCGCGGCCUGUCCGCACGCUGCCGGGAUGAGGUGAUCCGCAUACCUACCAAAACCGCCUGCAGUGCGUUGGGACUUCCCCAGCCUCCCAGAGCCGGAGCUGAUUCACGGAUUUGCCCAAUGCCAUCUCAUCUGGCGGAUGCCCGCCCUGGCCGGGCGGACGGCGCCGCCCCUCCGCGCGGUUGCGCCACCUCGUGUCCGUCGACAGAGGGCGGUCUGCCGGUCCGACGGCCGCCGUCCGAACAGCACAGUCGGGCGAGCCGCCGACUGGGCCGGCUGCGUACGGAAGUACGGGACGGACGGCAGCCGACUGUACGGACGGUGACGGGUCGGUCGGUGUACGGAUCAGCGAUCAAGAUGAGUAAGAAGGACAGUUCCAGUUCGUCGGACAGCCUGUUCCGCAUCCCUCCGCACUACUAUGUGCACGUGCUCGAUCAGACGGCCAACGUCACCCGGGUCGAGGUCGGACCGCAGACCUUCAUCAGGAAGGACAAUGAACGGGUCAUCGUCGGCCCGAACGCCAUGGUGGUGGUGCCGCCGCGCCACUACUGUGUCGUCGAGAACCCGGUGGUGCGCGGCGAGGACGGUCAGGUGGUGUGCGACGCCAGCGGCCAGGCGCGCCUGCUGCACGCCGACACGGAGGUGCGGCUGCACCAGGACCCAUUCCCGCUGUACCCGGGCGAGAAGCUCAGCUCGGCCGUGCUGCCGCUGAAGGUGGUCCCGCCCAACAAGGCGCUCCACCUGCGCGCGCUGCGCGAGUUCAAGGAGGGGGAGGUGGUGCGCUCCGCCGGCGAUGAGUGGCUGUUCGGGCCGGGCACCUACGUGCCGCGUCCGGAGGUCGAGGAGGUGGCCGAUAUCAAGGCCAUCAUCAUCGGGCCGAACCAGGCGCUCCGACUGCGGGCACGACUCGAAACCACCGACUGGAAGGGCCAGAAGCGGGUGGCCGGCGAGGAAUGGCUGGUGACCAGAGUCGGCGCCUACAUGCCCGGCGUCUACGAGGAGGUGGCCAAGAUGGUGAACGCUCACGUGCUGACGGAGAAGACGGCUCUUCUGGUGCGCGCCACUCGCACCUUCACCGACAGUCGCGGCGUGCGCAGGAAGAACGGCGAGGAGUGGCUGGUGCGCUUCGACGAUAUGGAAACGUUCAUCCCAGACGUGUACGAGGAGGUGGUGGAGGAACGCGAGGUGACCACCCUCACCAGCCGGCAGUACUGCGUCAUCUGCGACCCGGUCGGGCCGGACGGCAAGCCGCAGCUCGGCCAGCGUCGGCUGGUGCGCGGUGAGAAGUCGUUCUUCCUGCAGCCCGGUGAGACGCUGGAAGACGACGUCCGCGACAACUACAUCCUCCAGGAGAACGAGGCGCUGGUGCUGCGCGCCGGCGAGGCGUUCACUGACAACACAGUGACGCCGCCGGUGACGCGCCGGCCCGGAGACCGCUGGAUGGUCACCGGGCCCGUGGAGUUCGUGCCGCCCAUCGAGGUGGAGGUGGUCGUCCAGCAGACGGCUAUCCCGCUCGACCGCACCGAGGGUAUCUACGUGCGCAACAACCGCACGGGCGAGGUGCGCGCCGUCUGUGGACAGACCUACAUGCUCACCCAGGACGAGGAGCUGUGGGAGAAGGAGCUGCCCGCCAGCGUGGUGGAGCUGCUGCGUACCGACGCGCUGGCCGACCGCGGCGGCUACCGGGAGCUGAGACGGUCAGCGACCAACAAGAGCCAUGACGAGUUGAGCGACCGCACCCGCGUCAUCACCUACCGCGUGCCGCACAACGCAGCCGUUCAGGUCUACGACUACAAGGCGAAGCGGUCGCGCGUUGUGUUCGGCCCCGACCUGGUGAUGCUGGAGCCGGACGAACAGUUCACGCAACUCUCCCUGUCCGGUGGCAAGCCCAAGAAGCCCAACACGAUCCGGGCGCUGUCGCUGCUGCUCGGACCCGACUUCUGCACUGAUAUUGUCACUGUCGAGACGUCCGACCACGCGCGUCUCUCGCUGCAGAUUGCCUACAACUGGCACUUUGAUGUCGGCAACAAGACUGCCGAGGAUGCGUGCAAGAUCUUCAGCGUGCCUGACUUUGUGGGCGACGCGUGCAAGGCGAUCGCGUCUCGUGUGCGCGGCGCCGUGGCGCAGCGACCAUUCGAUGACUUCCACAAGAACUCGGCCAAAAUCAUCCGGCAGUCUGUGUUCGGUCUGGACGACGCUGGCAAGGUGCGCAAACAGUUUGUGUUUCCGCAGAACAACCUUGUGGUCACCUCGAUCGACAUCCAGAGUGUGGAGCCGGUGGACCAGCGGACGCGCGACUCGCUCCAGAAGAGCGUCCAGCUGGCCAUCGAGAUCACCACCAACGCUCAGGAGGCGGCCGCCAAGCACGAGGCCGAGCGCACGGAACAGGAGGCGCGUGGCCGACUCGAGCGGCAGAAGAUUAAGGACGAGGCGGCCGCGGAGCAGGCGCGUAAGGAGCUCGUCGAGCUGCAGACGGCGUGCGCGGCCAUCGAGAGCACCGGUCAGGCCAAGGCCGAGGCGCAGAGCCGCGCCGAGGCGGCCCGCAUCGAGGGAGAGGCGGCCGUGGAGCAGGCCGGCCUGAAGGCGCGCGCCGCCAACAUCGAGGCCGAGUCGGAGCUGGAGCGGCUGCGCUCGGCGCGCGAGGCCGAGCUCAAGUACACCGAGGAGAGCAACCAGCUGGAGAUCGCGCGUUCCAAGGAGAUGGCCAACAUCGAGAUCGAGAAGUUCCAGCAGAUGGUGUCGGCGAUGGGCGCCGAGACGUUGAAGGCCAUGGCCACUGCUGGCGGCGACCACCAGGUGCGCAUGCUGCAGAGUCUGGGCCUGCAGUCCACGCUCAUCACCGACGGACGCACUCCCAUCAGCCUGCUGAACACCGCCCAGGGCCUGGUGGGACUGGGCCAGGCGGCCGGGACCGAGUCGGCCGUCCAGCGGCCGCGCUAGGCCGCAGAGCGCCGCGCGGCGCCACGCGACUAACUGCCCAGGUGGUCCGCCCGACUAACUGCCCAGGUGGUUGGAUUCCUGGUCAGCCGAGAUUUUGCACGGUCUCCUCUGUGAUUUUGAAUUGAAGACAUCCCAGACUGGAAGAGAAGAGAUGCCAGUACAAGACGCGUCUCGUACAAUUUUUUGUUUUUGGAAGCGAUUUUCCACUGUCUGACGCCUACAACCAGCGAAACCGUGAGCCGUGCCACCAGAUUUUUGCCGGGACGAAUUACGGUUUAAUUUAAUCUUCCAACCGCAGAGUCUAGUCUCGAUGUAUGAGAGUGGGUAGGUUACCUGUCCUGUGUUUUCCAUAGUCACGGGUGACGGCUGGGCUCCUAGCCUCCUAACAGCACUCACAAGUUCCACUCCACUAGACCUGGCGAGUGCUGCAGGUAGUUUCGCGAGUGCGGCGUACGU